UAGUUCGUAUUGACGAUGCGUUCACCACAGACACACCACUAUCCUCUUGGUCAAACAUUAGCUGGUUACAAAAGCAGGAGGUGGACAGACAGACAGACAGACAGACAGAGAGGUUUAAGUUGACUACAACCAGCCGGGAGAGGAGCUCGUAGUAAAGAGAAGUACACAGACAACAUGAACAUGGACAGGACGGUCAGUCUACCCAACCAGCCCGACAAAACCACCACAGUGACUCUGGUCGAGAGCAGCAGCGCCCCCAGCGGGCUGGAACUGGUCAGCUCCUAUCAGACCAACAGAGUGGGAGACCCCAUGGACCUGGUGGCUCUGGCAGCACAAGUUCAGAAGGGAGAUGAUUUCAUUAAAGCCAACGCUUGCAACAAACUGACAGUCAUCGCAGACCAGAUCAGAUACCUGCAGGAACAGGCGAGAAAGGUUCUAGAAGAAGCUAAAAGAGAUGCUGACCUCCACCACGCUGCCUGUAACAUUGUGAAAAAACCAGGAACCAUGUAUUACCUCUACGAGCGGCCGUCUGGACAGAAAUACUUCUCCAUCAUUUCUCCUAAGGAAUGGGGUCCGAGUUGCCCUCACUCUUUUGUUGGCGCAUUCAAACUUCAACACGACAUGUCCUGGACCCCCAUGGAUGAAGUGGAGAAGAGGGACUCAGAGAUGGCCAUCAUGGACAAACUUCUCUGCCAGCAGAAUGCCUUACCGCCUUUCACAGGACCCAACUUCAAGGGUCUCUCUGACUAAAGGAACUGGACUGCAUAAAAGGACUGGGAUUUCAAAAGGACACAGAGUGGAUGCCAAAUGUAGUAUUAAUGGACAUCAAUGUUUAGUGAAGUGGAUUGGAAUCCCUGAUAUCAAAGCGUCAGUCACAGAGAGUCUUUCACACACUGACAGACUGCAGAUUACAUCACUAUAACUUACUGUUUUACUGACCACAUAGUUUAAAAUGUUUGCUUCUCAUUCAUCACCAGGAUGAAAUUUAAAGCUCCCCCGUGAAGUUCUGUCUAUAUUCAGCGUUUCUCACCACAAGGCAUCUUGUCUGCUCAGCAGACGCAACAAAAGCAUUUUCUGCAAAGCUUUGAAACAUUUCUUUUUAAUGUCCGCGUUUCCUGCUGUUGUUACCACCAACCACUGCAGAAUAGAGUUAAAACAACAGCAGGAUGUGAAUCAUAUGAUUUUAACAUUUUACUGCUAGUAGUGGAAAAACUUCACAGAGUACCUUUUUUAAUGUGUCCUACAGCCUACAUGAAGUGUUGUUCAUGGGCUAACUUUGAUUUUUCUAUAGCGGGGAAAUAUAGUGGAGCCGUCUAUGGCUCUAUUCAGACCAAAUUAGACACCGUAGUGAAAAUGCAGGUUUUUGUAUGCUGAAAUAAAUAAAACACAACGACCUGCAGCCAAAUGUUGAGCCAGAGAUGAACCAGAGGUGAUGCUGCGUUGGCCAAUCAAACAAUCCAAGCGCUUCACCCCAACUGCUGAUUUGGUCUGUAUAACGGUCAUCAAAUAAAUUAUUUAUUUUGUCUUUCAUGUAUAGACUGUAACCAAUGAGAUGUGAAUUACAAAAUAUUUAAUUUUACACAUUUGUUCAAUGUCAGGUAAUUAAAGUGCAAUAACUUUAUUUCAAA